CUCUUUUGCUUAUUCCAUUUACUCGUGAUGCAAUCUCAUCCACUUCACAUUCCUGAAUUGCUUGACAAAAUAGCUCCACAUCUUGAUAAAGGAGACCUCAAGUCAUGAAUAACUGUCUCCAAGGCUUUUCAUCAGACCUUUAUACGAUUUCUAUGGAAAACCCUCCAUGUCACUUCUUUUGUCCGAUGGAACUCCACUAUUGGCCAGACACUUAAGAAGCACAAGCAUUACAUCGAGGAGAUUUUUUUUUGAUCAUUACUUUCCAGAACACAUCCUAUCAUUACAUGGAUGCACCCGUCUCCGAAAGCUGAGAUGUCAUCUUGAUUUGCCAGAGCUUGUCGGGAGAGGAUUGAGCAGGUUUUCCGACUUUAUGGGGCACUUCAAGAGUGCGAUAUUAUCGGUAUUCUUGUCCAUGGAUGGUCCAACAAGGCCAAGGAUCUUUACUAUGCUAUGCUUCAAUGCCCUCACCUCAAAAAGAUCAGAUUCCACGAAUUCGCUGUCCAUGCUGAGGAGAUUGACCUAUUCUUUCGGACGUGUAGUCAACUUGAAGUCUUGGAGCUGAACCAUGUACAGAUUCCUCGUUGGCCAAAUGGAAGUCUGAUAGGCGACCUCGAUACCAAUAUUGAAGCUACUGGUGGUCCAUCUAUCCAUGGAACAGCUGCUUCUCUAGUCUCUGCAACAGUUCUGGGAAGUAUCCUUAACUUAAUGCUCAUUGAAGUUUGGGUGUCCGGACCAUCCCCAGGUCAUAGUACAGCAGCUUUAGUCCGAAGCUGCUCAAAGCUGAGAUCGCUUUAUUUUGAGGAGACUGAAAAAGCUGAUGCACUUGUUUUUUUCAGGUCCUUGGAACAGCAUCCUUGGACAUUGCCGCAUCUGGAAACCUUGAUCAUCCCGUACUUCCCAUUGGUCGAUGAAGAUCUGGCAAGUCUUCUGAAAAAGAUGAAUCAACUUCGAGAAUUGGAUGCAGUAUUUGCAGAUUUUGGAUCCCUCUCUCUCGGCGAGCUACUUAAAUCUAGAGAACCAUUGAGCGGGAGGAGAAGCUUGUGUGAUACGAUCGAGAAGCUUAAUCUCUCCGGUUAUGCGUAUAACGGGCUAUCCCAGGUGAUCAUGUCUCGCUGUAGGAACCUCACUGAACUGGAAACAAGCAAAAUUAAAGUAGCAGAGAUUGUGGAAGGACAGGAAUGGGUCUGUUCUGAACUACAACAGCUAGUUAUCAACAUCACUGAUGUGGAUGAUGGUGAUGCGGAAGAUAGUGAGGAGAGUAAGGUGAAGCAGCGAAUGAUGUUUGAACGUUUGGGUAAGCUGACAAAACUCAGGGAGAUUGUACUGAAAGGCAGUGAACAUGGACGUUCGUUUGAUCUGAGAUUAGAGUCAGGUCUGGACAAGUUGGCUAACCUGAAGCAUCUGAGGUCAUUAUGCUUCACUGGCUACUACCAGAGGAUGGGACCAGAAGAAGCGAUGUGGAUGGUGAAGAACUGGCCAUGUUUAAAGGAAGUCUCUUGUCAGACGAACAGGAAUCAAGUCACUGCAAUGCUGAUCCGCAAGAUCUUUCAUAAGCAUGGUAUUGGCUAACGCCUGUUUUAAUAAACAAUGCUCAGCGAGG